AUGGACUUAGAGACUACACAUGAGAUCCGAGUAAAACUAGAAACUUUGCAUGAAGGAGAUGGUCAUAAAGUAAACAAGCUCAUGUGUGGAAUUGGAUGUGUCAGUGGAGUGCUAAAAGAGUCUAAGAUUGUUGCCAAGGAUAGCAUAGAGGCAAAGAAUGAUAUUAUUGGAAACAUUAUUGAGCAACCGACAGAAAAUAUUGAGGUUGGAGUACAAACAGAGCAAACAGUGCAUACAAAGCAACCUUUGGACAAUGGAAUAAAUACUAGUAGUGUAGAUGUUGGCACGGAGAAACUGACAGAGAUAGAGAUACUGGCAGUGGAUAACACAGAGAAACCAACAGAGAAACUGACAGAGGCACAGCUCAUUGUUGUUAGUUCAAUGGAUCUGUUAUUCCUAAACUUCCGUGAGAGAAAACUGCGGAUCAACAGAUGGGAGCUUAAUGCAGUGUCCCGUUUUGCUAAGAUGGACAGUUCUCUAGCCAUUGUUUUACUUUUUCUUCAUGUCUCUCUGUGCUAUUCACAAGAUAGAAUGUUGAACUCCAUUGAUAGCUGCUGGAGAAAUGACCCAAAUUGGGCGUUGAAUAGAAUGAGGCUUGCAGAUUGUGCAGUGGGUUUUGGGCGUUUUGCUCGAGGAGGCAAGGGGGGAAAGAUUUAUACAGUGACCAGAGAUGAUGACAACCCUAUUAAUCCUUUGCCAGGUUCUCUUAGAUAUGGAGUAGCUCAACAUGGGCCUAUUUGGAUUGUUUUUGCUAGAGAUAUGUAUAUAAGGCUUCAUAUGCCCUUGUUUGUUACGAGCCAUACUACUAUAGAUGCAAGAGGUGCAAAGGUUGAAAUUGCAGAAGGAUCUUGCAUAAGGUUAUGGAAUGUAAGUAAUGUUAUUAUUCAUGGACUGACCAUCCAUGACUGUUGGCAAAGUUCAGCUGGUAAUUGUAUGAUAUCACAGGCAAGAGUUGAGAGAAUAUAUCCUCAGGAUGGGGAUGGUAUCUCCAUAGUCACUGCUAGAGAUGUAUGGAUUGAUCAUAACACACUUUCAAAAUGUGCAGAUGGUCUUAUAGAUGUGACUUUGGGUUCAACUGCCAUUACCAUAUCCAACAACCAUCUUUCCGAUCACAAUGAAGCAAUGCUUCUGGGAAACAGUGAUUCAGAUGAAGCUGACAGAAACAUGAGGGUGACAUUGGCAUUCAACCACUUUGGACCAAACCUCAUGCAGAGAAUGCCAAGAGUUAGAUUUGGGUAUGCCCAUGUGGUGAAUAACAAUUAUGAACCAUGGGGUAUAUAUGCAAUUGGAGGAAGUGAGCAUCCCACUAUCUUUAGUGAAGGGAAUAGAUUCGUGGCUUCAAAUGAUUUUACAAAGAAACAGGUGACAGAGCACAAAGGAUGUAAUGAAGGUCCAGCAUGUGACACAUGGAUGUGGAGAUCCCAUAGUGACCAGUUUCUUAAUGGAGCUUAUUUUAAACAAUCUGGGCUUGGUCACAGAUUUCCUUUUCCAAUGUAUGAUAAAAUCGAAACAUUCAAAAUUCAUAGUGCUACUCUGGUGCCAGUAUUGACUAAAGAUGCAGGGGCUCUCAUUUGUUCUCAGAACAUACAGUGUAGAUAA